CUUUGGGCUGCGUGUGACUGUAUUGGGUUUCAUGCCAAGGUGUUUGUGGACAUUGGAUACACGCCAAAGACUGUAUUACGCCACAGCCACCGAGGAGUUCAAUCCCUUUCAAAACUACUUUCCACUAUGGGAUUUAAAUUUGUUAUGUCUCAAGGGUUUCACUUAAAAUUCUAAGAUUUCCUUUCUCACAAUGGCUUCCUCUAGAAAUCCCAGAAUAAAACAAAUAAUUGAGACAGUCGCAGUGAUAGUAUUGCUUGGACUGGUGGGCUUAAAAGGAGCUGAAUCGGGUUCCACCUUCAGUUACGAAGCGAUAAAUUGCAGAAAACACAGCUCUUCACUGACGGAUUUUGGAGGUGUUGGAGAUGGAAAGACUUCAAAUACCAUUGCCUUCCGUAAGGCAAUCGAACAUCUCAGUCAGUUUGGAGCUCAAGGUGGAUCCCAAUUGAUCGUUUCUCCUGGAAAAUGGCUUACUGGGAGCUUCAACCUUACCAGUAAUUUCACUCUGUUUCUCCACAAGGAUGCUGUUAUCCUUGCUUCCCAGGAUGAGAAAGACUAUCCCAUUGUCCCUCCUUUGCCUUCCUAUGGGAGAGGAAGAGAAUUACCUGGUCCAAGAUAUGGAGCUUUCAUUUAUGGCACAAACCUAACUGAUAUAGUCAUUACAGGUAAUAAUGGCACCAUUGAUGGCCAAGGUGCUAUUUGGUGGGAAAAAUUCCGCAAUAACCAGACUAACUAUACUCGACCUCACCUGAUUGAGAUCAUGUACUCUAACCAAGUCCAGAUAUCCAAUCUGACUCUUCUUAACUCUCAAUUUUGGGUUGUUCAUCCUGUUUAUAGCAGUAAUGUGUUAGUGUUGGGCCUUACCAUCCUCGCACCAACUGAUUCAGCAAACACUGAUGGGAUCGAUCCAGAUUCAUGCACAAAUGUGAGAAUUGAAGACUGUUUUGUAGUUUCAGGAGAUGAUUGCAUUGCAAUAAAGAGUGGUUGGGAUCAAUAUGGAAUAGCUUUCGGGAUGCCCACGAAGCAUGUCAUUAUCAGAAGGUUCACCUGCAUUUCACCUGACAGUGCUGUUAUCGCUCUCGGAAGUGAGAUGUCCGGCGGCAUCGAGGAUGUCAGGAUUGAAGACAUUUAUGCUUUGAACUCAGAGUCCGGGGUGAGGAUCAAAUCAUCUCCUGGGAGAGGUGGAUAUGUGAAAGACAUAUUUGUAAGAAGAUUUACAAUGAAUACAAUGAAGUAUGUCUUCUGGAUGACAGGAGCUUAUGGUUCUCACCCAGAUGAUGGCUAUGAUCCCAAAGCAGUUCCUGUUAUUAAAGGGAUUAAUUACAAUGACAUGGUUGCCCAGAAUGUCACCAUGGCUGCAAAUUUGGCUGGUAUUGACAAUGAUCCCUUUGCUGGAAUUUGCAUAUCUAAUGUCACAAUUGGGCUCUCUGCAAAACCCAAGAAAUUGCAAUGGAACUGCACCGAUAUCGCCGGAACAACCAGUGAAGUGACUCCUCCACCUUGUUCUUUGUUGCCAGAUAAUGGCAAGAGCACUUGCCCUUUUCCAACCAACAAGCUACCAAUCGAAGAUGUCAAAUUGCAAACUUGUUCUUGCUGAGGCAACCUAUGAUGCUGUACUAGUUCUAUUUCAGUAAUUAAUUUCCUACUACAUAGCUUUUGCAAGGCAUUUUAGAAAAAAGUAGGAAAUAAAAAGACAAAGUAUUGAAGUUUUACUGAAUUUUUUUGUAUUCAAGUGUAGCUUCAAACCCACAAUGUUGCUUAUGUAGUUUAUCGAAUCAAUAUAUCUACUAUUCUUAGUA